UGUGAUGUAAAUACAACUUUUUUUUGUUCCCCUCUCUUUGGAUUGUGCUGCCCUUCUUCUUGCAACACUUUGUUGAAGGAAAACAAAAAGAAGAGGAACCAAAAGCAGGAAAACACGACGGACGGUGAGCCAUCGGAGAGAUUAAGUUCCCGUUGGGUUCCUCCACCAUGAUCCUGUGAUUCCUCCGCCUGUCACCGACAACUCACCCGCCGACCUGCCGGACUGCACGCCGAGAAAAACGGAUCCCACCGGAGAGAAGCUCGCUGCUGUUGUGGAUCCGGAGGUAACCUGCGGACAGAGAUGUAGCGUGUGUGUUGGUGUGAUCGGUGGACCAUCAUGCACCUCUUCCUGCUGCUGAUCCUUCAAGCCACAGCAGCCUUCGGACAGAUUGACCCUGCACACUGUCGCUAUGCCUUGGGCAUGGAGGAUGGACGGAUUAAAGAUGAUGACAUCACAGCAUCUAGCCAAUGGUAUGAGACCACGGGACCUCAGUACUCCAGGAUGAAUCGUGAGGAGGGAGAUGGCGCCUGGUGUCCUGAGGAUAAUCCUUCCGACGCUCAGUACCUGCAGGUGGAUCUGGGCAAGUUGACCUUCCUGACGGUGGUCGGGACUCAGGGACGAUACGCUAGGUACUCGGGGAACGAGUUCGCCCGAGCCUACCGCCUCAACUACAGUCGGGACGGCCUGCUGUGGAAGUCCUGGAUGAACCGGCUGGGGAACACGGUGAUGGAGGGCAACAAAAACGCUUACACCUCUGUCAUCAACGACCUUCACCCUCCCAUCAUCACCCGCUACGUCCGACUGAUCCCCGUCCCCAAGCUGUCCACCACCGUCUGCAUGAGAGUGGAGCUGUACGGCUGUCUGUGGGAGGACGGGCUGAUCUCCUACAGCGCUCCAGAGGGUCAGAUCAUGAUGCCGCCUGGUUAUCCCAUCGCCAGCUUCAACGACUCCACGUAUGAUGGAGCACAUGAGAGGAGGAAGCUGCUAGGCGGGCUGGGUCAGCUGACGGACGGUGUGAUCGGCCUGGACGACUUCCUGCUGACCCGUCAGUACCAUGUGUGGCCGGGCUACGACUAUCUGGGCUGGAGGAACGACUCUCUGGGAAGUCCGGGGUUCGUGGAGAUGGAGUUUGUGUUCGACAGGAAGAGGAACUUCACCUCUAUGAAGGUUCACAGUAACAACAUGUUCACCCGCGGUGUGAAGAUCUUCUCCUCUGUUUCCUGCUGGUUUAAGCCCCGCCUCAUCGCCGACUGGGAGGUUGAGCCUGUGUCAUUCAAGACGGUGCUGGACGAUAGGAACCCCAGCGCCCGCUACGUCACUGUGCCACUGAACCGCCGCGCCGCCAAAUCCCUCCGCUGCCGAUUUUACUUUGCCGAUUUCUGGAUGAUGUUCAGCGAAAUCUCCUUUCAGUCGGAGGACACCAUACUCCCGUCUCUGAUACCCAUUGUGUCGACCGUCCCUCAAGUCAAGAUGGAGAGCACCAUGUCAACCCCACCUAUGACAGCAGCCAAUGUAUCAGCGAGUGACCCGCCAGAUGACGGGAAAACGCCCAUCCUUAUUGGCUGCCUGGUGACCAUCAUCCUGCUGUUAGUCAUCAUCAUCUUCCUCAUCCUCUGGUGCCAGUAUGUCUGCAAGGUGCUGGAGAAGGCUCCACGUCGGAUCCUGGACGAGGAGGUGACCGUGAGGCUGUCCUCCUGCAGUGACACCAUCAUCCUGCAGACCCCUCCUGUGCCCCCUCGGUCCGGCCACGCCCCCACAGGCCCCACCAACACUGACCCACAUUAUGAGAGAGUCUUUCUGUUGGACCCACAGUACCAGAACCCAGCGGUGCUGAGAAACAAGCUGCCGGAGCUGUCACAGAGUGCCGAGGCCUCAGCGUGUGGAGGAGGCUACGCCGAGCCUGACGUCACCCAGUGCACUCCGCACCAGUGUUUCCAUAGCAACGCACCGCACUACGCUGAGACAGACAUCGUGCGGCUGCAGGGCGUCACCGGCAGCAACAUGUACGCUGUCCCUGCCCUCACCGUGGACUCACUCACCAGGAAGGACAUCUCUGCUGCUGAGUUUCCGCGGCAACAGCUGAUCUUCAGGGAGAAGCUGGGGGAGGGGCAGUUUGGAGAGGUCCACCUGUGUGAGGCAGAGGGACUCCCAGAAUUCCUUGGGGAAGGGUCACCCCUCCCUGACAGAGAUGGGCGUUCUGUACUGGUAGCUGUUAAACAGCUGAGGGCCGACGCCACCAGCCAGGCCAGGAACGACUUUCUUAAGGAAAUAAAGAUCAUGUCUCGUCUGAACGACCCCAACAUCAUCCGGCUGCUGUGCGUCUGUGUGUCGUCCGACCCGCUGUGCAUGGUGACCGAAUACAUGGAGAACGGAGACCUCAACAUGUUCCUGUCGCAGCGGGAGAUCGAGAGCACGCUGACACACGCCAAUAACAUCCCUUCAGUCAGUCUGUCCGACCUCCUCCACAUGUCAGUGCAGAUCUCAUCAGGGAUGACCUAUCUGGCGUCCCUAAACUUCGUGCAUCGCGACUUGGCCACCAGAAACUGCCUGCUGGACCGCCGCCUCACCAUCAAGAUCUCCGACUUCGGGAUGAGCCGGAACCUGUACAGCAGCGACUACUACCGCAUCCAGGGUCGGGCGGUGCUGCCUAUACGAUGGAUGGCCUGGGAGAGCAUCCUGCUGGGUAAGUUCACCACGGCCAGCGACGUGUGGGCGUUUGGCGUCACCCUUUGGGAGAUCUUCACUCUGUGUAAGGAGCAGCCCUACAGCCUGCUGUCCGAUGAACAGGUUAUAGAGAACACUGGCGAGUUCUUCAGGAACCAGGGUAGACAGAUUUUCCUUUACGGCCCUCCGCUCUGUCCACCUUCGCUGUUUGAGCUGAUGAUGUGUUGUUGGAGUCGUGAUAUACCUGACCGACCCACCUUCGAGGGACUUUACCAAGCCCUGAAGCCCCAUGUCAACCAGUGAGCGGUUUGUGCUUAGAUGGACCCCUCUGCGGGUUUUUCCAUCUCUGGACUCUUUAUAAGACGACAGACUGACACAACAAGACAAAGGACUGGAAUUAUGUUACAAGGGUAUGUCAGAGGGAAUACGGAAACUGGCAGAUCUGUGGUCAGAAGUUGGGGUUGCUUCGUGGUAACUUCAGCCAUCUUUACUGAGGGACAAGGUUGAGGUAGAAGGAGAAAGGCUUGUCAACUCAGAGGAAAACAAACCUGACAGUUGUUAGUGAACAAAUAUUUAGAAAUAUUUCUAUUUGAUUGCGGAUUUGAUAGUUUCCCACCUCUCCUUAAAGCCCCCUUCGACCAAAACAUCUUGUCAAACCUUUUGGCGCUUUUUUUCCCCUUUUGCGAUGGUGCCAAAGUUUGUGUAAAUGUUAAUCUUCUUAAUUUCUUUGGCUUUUAAGGAUGUCAAAAACUGGACAGACUUUUCAGUCUUGUUAUUUUCACCUGUCCCUGUGGUUUUUAUUAUUAUUGUAAAGCACUGUCUGCGUCUCUCAGUUAUUCAUGUUCAUUUAACCCACACUGGAGCUAGGGUUAGGGUCAAAUUGUAGUGUAGUUUAUUUUUAGAUUUUUAUUCUAUUUUAUUUUUACUUGUCGGACUUUUUUGUGGAUAUGAAUGAUGUUCACAUCACAAUGCCAAGAGGCUGCGUUGAUACCUGUGUGGUUCAAAGACUGAAAAUCAGUCAGUGGGUAACUGUGGGUUAUUUGGGAAAGUAAGUAGAUGGAGGGCACAUUUGAAACAAAUAAUAAAACAAAUAUGCCGUCCCUUGUUGUUGCCAAAGACAAAUAAAGAGUUUAAGUAAUAAAAUAUGAUAUCAAAUGUAUUUAAAACUCAUCCUUGUGAAUUAACUCAAAUAAUAUACCAUUAACAUCUGGCACUGGAUACUUGCUUUUUAAAGUACCUUACUUUUGGGUAUGUUACCAGUGGAAAUCAAGCUGAUAGAUGGCACAGUAUCUAAUGCAUUCAUCUAAUAUCACAUUAUCUCUUUACCUGUGUCUAUGUUUGUGCUGGGGCCUGUAAAAUGUACACGUAUGUUCGAUGUGUUUAUGUCUAUGGUGGAGCCCAGAGAUUUGCACAUUUAUAGAUUAGCCAGCUAGCCUUAGCGCAAGAUUAAAAAAAUGUAAAGUCUGUUGAUUUGUUCAUCAAUCAAUCAAAGAACUGAAAGUAAAAUUACUCAAAUUAAGACACGAAACUGUUAAGAGCCCUUAUAAGCAAGUCAACUAGUAUUGAGAUUUUGUUGUUGUUAGCUGACCCAAAAAGCUAGCAAGUUGUAAUUUGGUGUAGUUUAACAAGUCUUUGUUUUAUGGAAAAUCCACACUAAAAGUAUUUUUGUUGUCAAUAAGUUGUCUCACUGAUUUUACAUUUAACUACCGCUACAUCUGCACCACAUUUGGCAAGGGCGCUAGUCGAAACGCUGAUCCACUCAACUGUCUGCUACUUACCUUAUCAAGUAUUACAAAAAAGUGGCCUGCUAAUACAUUUAAAAAAUGUUAGUUCAUCAAAUUCUACUUCUGAAAAAUAUAUUAUUUGGCAAGAAAUAGGAUAUGCAUAUGGUCGAUAGCUGUUGCCUAGUUUGACUUCUUGUUUUGCUAGCCAGCCUGGUGAUGCUAGACAGAGUAAUUUGCAUUGAGUUGAGAUUCUUUACUGCAAGAACAGACCCUGUCCAACUAGCGCAACAUUCCCAGCAUGAACUGCGCCACUGCUUGUCCUGCUUUCCAUAGGACAAUAAUUGAAGUGCAGAUAUGGUGUAUAGCGAUACUUGCUAAAAAGAUUCCUACUUCUUUGGUUAUCUGAUUACAGUAGACAAGGUUCAGUUAUGUUUAAUGAUUUAUGCAAGCUAACUAUCUUCUUUGCUUGCUGUCUAACUAUCUAUUAAGCAAAGUACUUAGCAAGGAAGCUAGGGUUGUUCCAAUAACUGUAGCGUUGAUAGCACUUUCACCGAAUGUGUCCGGUAUUUACCUAGUUUGACAGUUACAGAACUGAUUUCAAAGACAUUACACUAGCUAAGCCAGAUCACAUGAACGUGAAGUUUCGGUGAGUAGAGACAACACACAACAUAGAACUACUGUGUUAAAAAGAUACCUCUGAACUGAGGGCCAAUGAGACACUUUUAGCUAGGUUGUGGGCAGACACAAGCCUUGCUCUUGCUACAUUAGCCAGCCAAUCACUACAGCCGAUCCUAAUACCCUUUGAAAGAUUCAUUUAAGAACACGUGGAUUCCUUUUCCUGCCACAAGAGGGCACAAAUAAAUGCCUUUCUUUCAAUCCAUCAAGAUGUUUUUAUCAACAGAAUUUUGUUUAAAGAACUACUGCAUGCUAGAUGCUAAAAAGGGAUACAGUGGUGUAGACUUCACAGUUGCUACUUCAAGUAUUUUACUACUUGAAGUAGUAAAAUAUGGAAAUGUGGAUUUUGAGAAAGCUAGCCAAUGGUGAUUAAGAGUUUUCCAUACAUGUACUACAUCAUUUAAUAGUAAUAACAUCAGGGACAUUGAGCUUCAACCAAAUAAAAGUGAAGGUGAUUUGCAACUGGAUUAACUGGUGUGUGUGAUCGAUGUUAAAGGCUUUGCUUGUCUUAGUGUCAACAUUAUGUAAGGCGGAUACGAGUCCAUUUUUUACAAUAAAAAAAAUAAUUGUCUCAGUAUUUUCAUGCUAUAGUCACUCACUUACUUUAGUGUGUAUUAUGUGUUCAGUAUUUUUAAAUCCUCCCUUAGAGCAGAUUGUUAAGAGCAUAAAAUAGCAAUCAACAUCAUCUCCGCAGGAAAGGAAGAGGAAGACCAAAUAUGUUAAGUUUGAGUUUCGUUUAGUGUUUUUGUUGUUCAGUAUUUUUUUAUUUUUUUUCUAAUUAUCUGUACUGUAACACUUUUGUGUGUGAUUAAGAGAACAUUAUUUGGAGGUUGAAUGUUUUUGACAUGCCUUUGAGUACUGGGUAAAAGUUGGGAUUAAAGUGGUUGACCAGAUUUGCCUUGUAGUGCCAAAUGAUGUGAUGUCAAAAGGGCAAAGAGAUUUUGUUUUAAGCAAUAGGACAGUAAUUAAGGAAACCACUAAAGUCAAUACACCUAGAGUCCAUUGUUACACUAAGCCUGUGUAUUUUGUUUUGGUUCCAUUAGAAAGAGGGAGUCUUUAAGUGUGAUAGUGUACAGUAUAAGUGAUCUACAAUAUCUCAGUGUGUGAAUGCAGAUAAGGUGAGAUAAUUGUUAUUGAUAACUGAUUAUCUAUCAGAAUUUAUAUUAGCUGAUUCUCUGUUUAUUUCAACUCUGAGAAGGUCUGGGGUUUUUUUCUUUUUUUCUAACAGAGAUUUGAACAUUUGUAACGGAGAUGUCCUGCUUCAGACAUGUAUUGUACAUAGGCUAGUAGCUGUGUAUAUUAAUAUAUUGGGAGGUGGUUAACUUUGUGUUGUCCUGAGUCAUUUUCACUCUGUACCCUCUCUUUUUUUCAGUUUGUUUUUCUCAUAAUAAACAGUAACAUUUGUCAAACAGAAAAGAA